AGACAGUCUCUCCAAGCAUAAAUGCUAUGGUUUUUAACAGUGCCCUGUCUGUAUGUGGAGGCAUUGGGUUAGGCACCAUGUUGUCUUCUGUGCUGCUGCUGCUCCUGAUCAGCGGUUCACAUGCUGCUUAUUAUGGCUUCGUUUACAGCUACUCUACUAAAGACCUUCAGGCGGGGGGAUACCCAACAGUGAUUCGCUACGUGUACAGCUUCAGCACAUGUGCAGAGGUUGAUGCACAGGCUUGUGGAGGCAACUGUAAUAAUCCAGGGGUUAUCUUGAACAAAAUUCAGGAAAUUGGUGGUGAAUGGUGUCAGAAAGAAAGAAUCUAUACCACGGUGAAUUAUGGAAGCCAGCUCAGUCCAUUUGGGUUUACAGGUGGAAACUGGACAGACAACAGAAAUGGGAUUAGUGCAUUCAGAGUCAGAAUGCAGGAUGAGGGCAGAAUCCGCUCUGAUACAGGAAAACCCAACACAUCACCUCUGACCACAGUCCUUCCUGUUCUGAGAGUUCCUUCAAACUGUAAGAAAAAUUUUAGCUUGUUGGCAUUUGACCCAGAUGGAGAUGAGGUGAGAUGCAGAUAUGCCGAGAAUAACCUAUCAGAGUGUGACAUCUGCACUCCACCGCCUGUCCUCAACCUUUCUUCAUCAUGUGCUCUGGCAUUCAGCCCCACCAGCAGCAGCGAUGAAGGUUCAUAUGCAGUACAGCUCAUGAUGGAGGAUUUUGCUGCACAGACCAUUACUGUGACUGCAGGAAAUGGUGUGCAGGAGAUGAAGAACCCAGGAGAAGUGUUCAGCAAGAUACCUGUCCAGUUUGUUUUUAAAGUGGAUCCUGCUGCACCGUCCUGCACUGAAGGUAUCUAUCUGCCCAGAUUCCUGCCUCCAACUCCAGAUAAUGGGGCCCAAAUCAGCACCACCAUCAAUCAGACCCUGGAAAUCCCCAUCAGGGCAGAAGCAACACAGUCUCUGAUUACUAACCUCCUGUUUAGUGGACCACACAACGUUAUCAGGAGCAAAUCCGGAUCUGGAAACUUCACCCUACAAUGGACGCCAUCUGACCUUCAAGGAGGACUGACUCACCCCAUCUGCUUUGUGGUCCAGGCAAAUUUGUCCGGCUCUGUCUAUAACUCUGAUCUUCGAUGCAUUUUUGUGAUGGUUGCAAACUACUCAACACCAGCUGUAACAGCAAUUGGAACCACCACAGCUUCAACGACAAUGUUUGUGCUUCCUACAACAACUAACCCACCUCAGACGACAACCAUGGUUGCACCAACUACAGUUAUAAUUCAACCUACAACCAUAAUCCAACCAACAACCACCACUUCAUCCAUUGUUUCUACUACUAACACAACACCAGACCGAGGACCAUAUUAUGUUUUUGCCCUGAAUGCAAAGAUCUCUACAACUCUGUCACUGUUAAAUGAUAAGGAUACCAUGACACAGCUGAUAAAAGAAGAACUGGUUAGACAAGGGCUGCCAUCAGCUAUCACGGUUAGCAUCUCAGAAGUAGAAACAGCAGCUGCGCCCUAGUGGUUGGUUCUCAGGAAAACAGAUGUUGCUAUUUGUUCAUUUAUACACAUGUUGUAAUAUGCUAAUAUAAUGCUACAUAUAUCGUUUUACUGUUUAGUCCUGUGUUUUUUAUUGUUCAGUUUGUUUUUUGUCUUGUCGAAAACAGAAUAACUUUGUUCAGAUUGUGUCUGUCAUUGUUUCUGUUGUUUUGUCACCUGAAACUAUUAUUGAUUAAAUAAUGUUAUGUAGUGGUCUUACAAAAUUUAGGGAUAAAAACAUGUAUUGUUGUUUCA